UGAUCAGGUGACAUUCAAAACUGUUCAAAACCGGCCUCAACCAUUCAAAUUUAAAAAUAUUUCAACAAAAAUGGUUUCAAAAAUUUAUUAAAAAAUGUCUGAAGAUGAGCCAUGCACAAAGAACUGCAAGAAAAGGAAGAGUAAAUGUCUCCCUUGCGUGAUGCCGUACUCCGAUGACUUAAUUACUGAAGAGAAACACCAGCUCCCCAAAACGACACCCCCUCCAUCAUGCCAGUGCACUGCUGAGAAUCCUUGCUGCAAUGUCCAAAAUACAGAAAACAUACAAUACCAACCACAACAAAAACGGUCAUUGAGAAGAAAAUUUUCCUAGAACGUCUACUUUAGCUAUUGAAAAAGGUCUAAUUACGAUUUUAAACAAAGAAGAUACAGAAUUCAAGAUGGGAGAUAUUAUAAAAGUGAAGUACUGCAACUUGAAGAAUCAAUCUGAAUCUGAAGCGCUUCCUAGCUGCGGUUCUUGUAAAGGAUCGUACCUACGGCCAUUUUUAUGUUACGAGAGAUUGAAGAACCCAGCAUUAGAGUCUUCAAUUGCCGCAGGAGGCUCCUACACGAAUGCCAGUUUUUGCGCCCAACCUGGUCUACAAACACAUUAUGAUGCCAUUCCACCAUUCAAUAAGAAGAAUAAGAAAAAGGGCUACCAUGUCCCAAGCCUGAGCUACCACAGAAUCAAAAACCCCGAAUGGCCUAGAAGACCAAUCUCUUCUAACUUGGACUUCAACAUAUAAUAAUUAAUUACAAUAAACGCAAUGAG